AUAUGCUCCUUUCUUUCUAGUGCUAUUAGAGAAUAGAAUGGGUUACCUCAGCCAGUCAGGAAAACCAGUGACUUGACAGAAUUUAAGUCAUAGGUUAACAUGCAUGACUAGAUGCAUGACGCGUAGAAUGUAAUCAUCUUCUGUUGUUUUUUUUUUUAAAGUAACGUCUCAAUUUUAUAAAGUAAGAUACGAUUUGUGACAGGCCUUCAGAUUGAUUUAGGGUGCGGCUUUGGAUCUUUUGGAUAUAGACAAUUUUUUCUUUGAGUAAACGUAUACACGUAGGAACUAUUAAUGUAUUAGUAUUAGAAGCGACAAGAGAGAGCCCGGAGAGAAGCAGCUUUUGGAAAAAAAAAAAAGGCUUAAUGACAACAAUGUCACUGAGACUUUAUAUUCUGUUACUUUCUUUGACUUUGACUGUCAAAAUAGUUCAAGUCUUUGGACAAACUGGCUCCAUGAUACCACUGUGAAAGUCGACCCUGAUUUGUCUAUUGUCAAGAUUGUUUUAUUCCUGCUGAUCCACGAUUAUGCCUGUGUUAGAUCCCUAGUCUUGACGUAUGAAGUUUAACCAUCUUUACAAGUUCAUAUAUCAACUAACUGGAUACUGUCCAACAGAAAAAGAUGUUAUUUCACAAGGGAAAUGUUACACUCUAUUUGAAGCAAAAAUAACAUGGCCUGAAGCAAAAGCGGCUUGUGAAUCGUUUUUUAUGUCCCUGGCUGAGUUUGAGAAUAAAGAAGAAGCAAGUCUUGUAGUGCAAAAUUUGGUUGAGCCUUCUUGGAUUGGUAUCUACGAUCUCGCUAACGAGCAUACGACCUAUGCCUGGCUUAGCAACAACAAAGUAGCCAAUAUAGAUUAUUGGUCCACUUCACCAACAUAUGACGCUAAUAUGUGUGUCAUUAUCAAGUGGGAGAACGGAUCGUUUGCGGACACGAUACACUGUGACGAACAACAUUUCUAUAUCUGUAUGAGUCCAAUGCAAAAUAACUCAGAAUCUACAACCGAAAUAUCAUCCAUAACAACCGCAACUACAACUGAAACGCCAUCAAUCACAACUUCUACAACUGUGACGCCAUCAAUCACAACAACUUCUACAACUGUGAGAGCUUUCAAUACCGCUCCUGGAACAGAAACAGCCACCUUUAAACAAACGACUCCCGUCUGUCAGUGCAGUGCUUCUAUGAAGUUGGAAGCUAACUUAAGUGUUUUAAUUGGUCUUGUUUUUCUUGUAUCUAUCUAAUAUAUAAAGCAGAAAGUAAAGCGUAUGUAUAUUGUCACAACGUGUGUUGUGGUGCCGGGGAUUUCACUUGAAUUAAAAUAGUUGAAUAAAUGACGAUCUAGAAUUCCCAAUAAAAGAUUCUUUGUUAAAACACAACUCUGGAACUUUAUUUAAAUAUAAAACGUAAGUACAGCUUAUGUACAAGUUACAGAUCAACAAGCACGAAAAAUAUUACAAAGGCUAAAAAUCAGAGCUCUUAGAAAACGCGACUGUCUACUAGGAAAUUCUUUCAUCGACUGGCGUUCUUUCUACUCUCGUCAAUUCUCUGGCGCUAAAAUGUCUUUAUUUAUUUUCAAAUCAACCAAUAGAUUUGCAACAUCGUAAUUACGUCUCGGGUGAAACCUGAGGCGCUGUCAAGGAUCUAGAUUUGUGGGGUAAUUCCUGAGGCUCAGUCAAGGGUUUAUAUUUCUAUUUACACAUAAGCUUUUAAAUGUGAAAUAUACAAAUAAAUCUAUAAUAGCAUCUGUGACAUAUAUAUUUAUGUAUAUAUGUACGUAUGCUUGUAUGUAUGUAUGUCCCGACUAUAAAUCAAAACCGUUUGACAAAUCUUGAUAAAAUUGUUCAUAAAAGCUCCUUAGAUCAUGACGAGGACCAUAAUGUUUAUUUAAUGUCCCUACCACAACAGGAGGGCCCUAAAAAUAGACAAAAAGUACCUAAUUGUAUUUCUAUUAACUCUUUCUCUCCGUAAUUAUUUACCACAUUCUGGUGGAAUCAACGCUGGUAUCGUCUGUUAGGAGAGAAAGAGUUAAAGUACGAAACUUUUUAACAAAAUCGGGUAAACCCGUUUUCACGGUAUUUUAUAUUGGAUAUGAAUAUGUCGGCUGAGCAGGUAAACCACAUUUUCACACUCUACUUUUAUUUUGGUAGCAAAAUUUUAUCAAAUAAAUGUGAAGGGAACAUUCUUCAAGUUUGACAUAGAUCUAAACUCAAUCCAGUAGAUUACCACAACUAUGGCCCGAAAGACAUAUCCGCCUAGAUAGAAAGUAAAAAUACGAAAUCUUAGGAAUGCAAAAUGUAUCUGAAUUAUAAAAUACGACAGACAUUUUUUUUUUGAACCACAGUUAGUAUUUUCUUAAUUUUGGCACAUGACUUCCAUGACAGGCAUGAAUUCGUUACUGUUGGGAUUAGAAUUGUGUUAAAUAGGAGAAUUUAAUUAUCGUCUCAAGUCUAACAGCUUGGCGUAACAUCAAGUGAUUUCAAAUCUCUGAGUUAUAGGAUAUAGCGUGCAGUUUUGUAUUGGAUAGAGUGCCGCAAUUUUUUUUUUAAAGUUUAUGCUAACUCAUUGUGUCUGUAUAAAGUUUGUACACGUUAUUUCUCCAACACCCCUUCUCGGAUUAAGCUGAAAUUUCGCACAAUUAUUCAUUGACAUACAAAAGUCAUGAAUCAAUAAAAAAAAAAAUAUUAGUAAACAUUUUUUUGUUUAAUAACAAAACAGUAAUCACAUAUUCACAUAUUUGUCUAAAUUCUCCUGGGUUUAGUCCCCUUAAAUGAGUAUUAACGCUAUUUCUCCCUCACGCAUUCUCCGAGCAAGUUGAUACCUUAAACCAGUUUUUCCGAAGUGGGAUACGUAUAGGCGUAGCACAUAGUUGACUAUGCUCAUUUUUAUUUUAAAUGUCAAUUUAGUUUAAGAUAAGAUAAGAUAAGAUAAUUUUUAUUGGUCCAAUCAAAUGGAAAUUUAGUUUGACUACAAUUGACAACCUCAGCGUAACUACUGUACAAUAACAAUAUAGAUGCAAAUACGAACAACAUUCACACACGAAAAUUCAUACACACCUAUAACCAGCGAUUUAUAAAUUAGACUUCUAUGAACUUCUCGAUGACGACAGAUGAUCUUGUAACACAUUGACCGAAAUAUCAUAAGCUUUAAAUUAUUUUUUAUUUAUUUAAGUUUUUUUUUUUUUUUUUUUACAAAUUUAAAUGCGUUGCUAUUUUACAUUUUAAGACAAAAGAUCAGGAACUGGAUAGGCACGGUACAACUUCCGUCGACACGCCCACCUUUUGAAUUUAAAAACUAGGAUUCCAUUUUUCUGGAAUGCUGGUAACGUGUCUCUGAAGCAUGCAAAAAAAAAAAAUUAAUUAAAUUAUUAAUUAAGCAAUUCACUAAUUGAGAACCUAACUGUAAUAGAGUAAUUAUUAUUGCGUGUAUGUAGGUCUACAGAAUUGGUUAUUAUGUCAAUAAAUCUUCAGUAUUAUUUUGGGGGGGGGGCGUACUCAACGUUACUAAAAUUCUGGAAAGGGUUACGCUUAGAUCAAAAAUUUGGGAAACACUGCCUUAAACAAGUAUUUUUUUGUACCUAACAAACAAACAUGAAUCGAUAAACAAAAAUACUCAAUGAGUGAGUAAAUUAUGCAAUGAAUUAUUUCGUUUAAUAUCAAUUAAGGGAAAUAACUCUUAGAUUCUUAGUAGAUAUAGUUUUAUGUGUGGUGUUGUCCCUUUUUUAGAUAUGCUUUUUUUUUUAAGAAUUUGUAUAUUUUCUUUGUUUUUAAUCGGCUUGAUAACACUGUGUUUGUUUUCUAAAGAAGAUUUCAUCAACUCUACUUUUAAACAUAAAAGACAUAGAAGAAAUGUUUCAAUAUAAAUGUAAGUUUUUUUUCAAAAAAGUUCGGAAUUAUAAUGUAAUAAUUUAAAAUCAAAAUAAAAUAUAACACGGCGUAAUAGGACUAUAUUAAUUAAACAAAACUAUCUAAAUAUCUACAGGGAAAAUAAUAUUUAAUAUGUUGGGUUCAUAAUUAACACCAAUGUGUAUGUGAGGUGAAAUUAAAUUCUUAUAAGUGGUCAAACUCAGUUAAAAAACGUUUAUCGACUGCAUUGGAAGGUUCGUACAUAAAAGUAAAAAAAAAAAACCAUCAAUUAGCACAUUUUAAAACCAUUUAAAUCAAACAUAAGAAUAUUAUAUAUUGUGCAUCUCAAAAUAACAUUUAUUUUUGCAUCUAAUGUUUCAUAUUUUUAUUUAAAAAAUUUUAUAUGUGACAUUGCAAGCCUCAUGCUUGCAUGUAAUUGGUGUUGGAUGUGUGGCUGAGUGACACUAGUAGAAUUCCAAUCCCCGCUAGACCAGAGUAGUGUUCACUUAUCGCCUAAAGGCAGCAUGGAAACCGGCUCCCAGAUACGACAUCUCUAUAUCUUCUUCUAGGUGAGCGGUUCUCAGCCUGUGGGUCGCGACCCCCUUAGGGGUCGAUUGACCAUUUGCCAGGGGUCGCCUAAGACCAUCGAAAAUAUGGAUUGGUAUUGUCUAUUCUUCUAUUGCUGUAUGUGUGUGUCGGGGGGGG